AUGAGUAAAAUUUUGGUUGUUUUUGGGGCCACAGGUCAACAAGGCAGUUCUGUUGUUUCAUAUGUGAAAGAGAGGAUGUCCGAUAGGUUCAAAAUUCGUGCUAUUACUCGUGAUCCAUAUAAGCCGGAAGCGAAGGCUCUUGAAGAAUCGGGCGUAGAGGUUGUCAAGGCCGACCUAGGUGAUAAGCAGUCAAUUAAACAAGCAUUUAAGGGAGCAGAUACUAUUUUUGCAAUGACUGCAGUAAGUUUUGGAGGCCAGACUGAGUUGGAACAGGGGAAAAUUAUUGCAGAUGCGGCAGUCGAAGAAAAGGUUCCAAAUAUAAUUUGGAGCACCUUGCCCAGUGCAAACGAAAUUUCAAACGGAGAGUUUACCCAUGUUGUACAUUUCGAUGAAAAGGCUGAAGUUGAAAAAUACAUCCGUAGCUUGCCAAUUAAUAGCUCGUUUUUUUCUCCUGGCUGUUUUAUGCAAAAUUUUGCGACGUCGCUCAAGCCGCAACCAGUAGGUGAUGGGAAAUAUACCAUGUUCAAUGUUAUGAGACCAGCUUCUGAGUUCCCUUUUUUCGACACAGAUGAUACUGGUAAGUUUGUGGGGGCUAUUCUUAAUGAGCCUGAAAAGUUUCACGGGAAGAUUCUUUAUGCGGCUACUGACUUGUAUUCGUAUGAAGUUAUUGCUAGAAUAAUCAGCAAGGAUACUGGGAAAAAUGUGAAUUACCAACAAAUUCCAGCGAAUGCAUUUAGAGAACAAAUACCAAAACCAAUUGCUGAAGAGAUUACGGAAAUGUUUCAAUAUGUUGAUAAAUAUAAUCACUAUGGUCUGGAAACGAGGGAGAAGGUCGAAUGGGGAAAACAGCAAGUUUCUGAGAAACUUACUACGUUAGAGGAGUAUUUCAAGAGAAAUCCUCUCGGUUUAGAAUAA